UCCUAAGAUCUGUCAGUUUUGUUUUGGUGUCUCAACUUUAACAUUUAUGAAGGAAAUGACCUCACUAGACCAUAAUAAAUUAAUGUUAAGCAACAAUCAUUUCUUGAAGUACGAUAGCCUUAUCGUGUAUAAAUAACUUACUCUAUUAUUUGAGAUAAGUUUAGAACCGGUCGCUUGGUACUAUAAAACAAACAGAAUCACUUAACUGGUUUAUGUAAUAAUUUGAAGAAGUUAAGAGCGUUGAAGUAUAUAAUAUAGUAAAUUAACUAUGGCGUAUAUAGUAGAUUUACGAUCAGAUACCGUCACUAAGCCGACGGAGGCUAUGAAGCAUGCUAUGGUGAAUUCGGCUUUGGGCGACGACGUGUUCGGCGAGGACCCCACUGUGAACGCGUUGGAGAGCAAAGUAGCCACCCUGCUAGGGAAGCAGGCCGCUCUAUUUGUACCAAGUGGUACCAUGGCCAACCUUAUUGCGAUUAUGGUCCAUUGUAACAAGCGAGGUGCUGAAGCCAUUGUUGGCAAUUUAUCACAUAUUUAUAAAUAUGAACAAGGUGGUGCAGCUCAUGUGGCUGGAGUAUUGUUGAGUACAAUACAGAACAAACCAGAUGGAACAUUCGACCUGGAAGAACUGGAGAAACGGUUCCAGGGGUCAGACAUACACUCACCCAUCACAUCUAUGGUUGCCAUAGAAAAUACUCACAAUGUUUGUGGUGGAAAGGUGGUGCCACUUGAGUGGAUGGAGCAGCUGUCAGCUGUGUGUGUCCGCCGCGGUGUUCCAUUACACCUGGACGGAGCUCGUCUCGUGAACGCGGCCACGUAUCUCCAGGUGCCCCCCGCGCGUGUCGCCGCGUGCUGCGACAGUGUCGCCAUCUGCUUCAGCAAGGGACUGUCGGCGCCGGCCGGCUCGGCCCUGGUUGGAUCAUACAGCUUCAUACAGCAAGCUCGUCGUAUGCGUAAGAUGCUAGGCGGCGGUAUGCGUCAGGCGGGAGUGUUAGCCGCGGCCGCUUUAGUGUCUUUGGACCAAGUGGUACCCCUUCUGGCUUUGGACCACAAGCGAGCUGCCAUCCUCGCUAAAGUGAUCGAAGGUCUCUUCCUGCCUUGUUUCUCUGUGGACGUGGAGGGUCAACACACCAACAUAGUGCUAGUCCGAAUCUCCCGGGAGACCAGUCUGACGGCGGACCAGGUGUUGCAGAGACUCGCCCAAGUGAGUCUGGCUGAGACACAGGGUGACUGCAAGACGCCGAACGACGAAGGCGUUAUACUGAAGGCGAUCUGUUUCGACGAGAAGACGAUCAGAAUGACUUUACACUGUCAAGUGGACGACGAACAGCUGUGGCUGGCUAUAAUGAAGAUAACUUAUGUGUUCAAAGAACUUAACGCUGCAUACCCCGUUAAAACAACAUAAAUUUAAAACUUUUAAAUCGCUCGCAAUAACGCAUCAAAACAAAUAUCUAUCAUUAAAACCUCUAUAUUAUAUUUUGACUACCAAAUUCCAAGUAAAAUAAUAUCCAGUAAAGUAUGGUGACAGUGCCUUGGAUAUAAGUCCGGUACAUAAGUAUGUUAUGGUUGAGGUGAGAUUUUUUAUAAGACAAGUUGCUCAAUUAACUUAGACACAAAUUAACUAUAUCUAGUACAUAUCAUUGCCACUAACCAUGAAUGGACGGACAAUAAUAUUUUUAUUAUAAUACAUAGUAUAUUCUCUAUAUAAAACUGUUUUCGCACAAUUCUUUAUGAAGUGUAUUUUAUUCUGGUCUAAUUCUAUUCAUAAAUAUUGUAUGGAAGGAAAGGAACUGUGAAAAAUUUUAAAUUUGCCAAUUAAUACAUUAACAUAAACCUUUCAUUGAAUGUGCUUACACUUGUUAGUGUAAAUAGUUUUUUAAUAAGGAUAUUUUACAUAAAUAACAAGUUAAUAUUAACUGUUGACUGUUGGCAAGUUUUAACUCGAUCCUGUGAAGUUAUAUUCUCGAAUAUAGAUUAUAUAGAAUGAAUAGCAAUUUUUAUGCAUCGAUCAUAUUUAUUAUCUUCAUAUAUAGUCAUUAUUUGAAGUUUGUUAUAUGUGAAUAUUUCUUUGUUAUCUAAUACAUAAGGCAACGAAAGAACAUGUUUUAUGAUUGUGAGAAUAUUUACCGUUAAGACAAAAAUGACUUGAUGUUUUUUUGUUCCCGAUAUAAUAUAUGGUUGUUGAAAUUUUU